CAAUGCAGUCAGCCUGCAGCAAUGACUCAAAGUACCCAGGGCACAAUUCGAGCCGCACCCAACUUUGAUGCUGGGAGGGAUGCAGAAAUACUGCGCAAGGCUAUGAAGGGAUUUGGAACGGAUGAGCAGGCUAUCAUCAAUGUUGUGUCCAAUCGUUCCAGUGAUCAAAGGCUAAAAAUCAAGGCAGCUUUCAAGACUAUGUAUGGCAAGGAUUUAAUUAAAGAUCUGAAGUCUGAACUAAGUGGAAACAUGGAAGAACUGAUAUUAGCUUUGUUCAUGCCACCUACCUAUUAUGAUGCCUGGAGUUUACGUCAUGCAAUGAAGGGAGCUGGCACUCAGGAGAGAGUGUUGAUUGAGAUUCUUUGUACAAGGACGAACCAGGAAAUUCGAGACAUAGUCAGGACUUACAAAACAGAAUUUGGAAGAGACAUUGAACAGGAUAUCAGAGCAGAUACCUCAGGACACUUUGAACGAUUACUUAUAUCUAUGUGCCAGGGCAAUCGGGAUGAGAAUCAAUCAGUGAACUACCAAAAAGCUCAGGAAGAUGCUCAGCGCCUCUACCAAGCUGGUGAAGGGAAGCUUGGAACUGAUGAGUCUUGCUUUAACAUGAUUCUGGCAACUAGAAGUUUCCCCCAACUAAAAGCUACAGUUGAAACAUAUUCUAAGGUUGCCAAUCGUGAUCUGUUAAGCAGCAUUGGCCGGGAGUUUUCUGGAAAUGUAGAAAAUGGCUUGAAGGCCAUCGUGCAAUGUGCUCUAAAUCGCCCGGCUUUUUUUGCUGAGAGACUUUACUAUUCCAUGAAAGGAGCUGGCACAGAUGAUUCUACACUUGUCAGAAUUAUAGUCACUCGCAGUGAGAUUGAUCUUGUACAGAUCAAGCAGAUGUUUACGCAGAUGUACCAGAAGACUUUGGCUACAAUGAUAUCAAGUGACACAAGUGGUGACUACAGGAAGUUGCUGCUGGCAAUUGUUGGUCAAUAGAAAAGAUUUACAUUUUAACAAAGUGAAGGACAUGUAACGAGCUUAUUAGGGAGACAAAUAACUAGCCUUGCAUGUAACAAAGAAUGAUUUUCAAUACUGCGUAACCAAAUAUCCCUUCUUAAUUAUGAAUGAUUUAAGAUUUUUUAUUUUGCACAUAUGGUUGCCUUAAUUUAGAGCACAUUUAUACUUUACUAUAUAAAAAUAAGAUGUAUCUACUGUCAUUUA